AUGGACACGGCGGAAUUCAGAAAGAGGGGUCGAGAGAUGGUGGACUACAUUUCCGAUUAUCUGGAAAGUAUUUCGCAGAGACGAGUCACCCCCAACAUCGAACCGGGAUAUUUACGACAUCUGAUCCCCUACAUUCCCCCUACCAAAGGGGAGAAGUGGGAAACUAUCAUGAAAGAUGUGGAAAGAUAUAUCAUGCCGGGUGUUACGCAUUGGCAACAUCCUCGUUUCCAUGCCUAUUUCCCUGCUGGCAAUAGCUAUCCUUCGAUUCUGGCAGAUAUGCUGUCUGAUGCCAUUGGAUGCGUGGGGUUUUCUUGGGCUGCCAGUCCUGCCUGCACUGAAUUGGAAACUAUUAUGUUGGAUUGGUUAGGAAAUAUGAUCGGUCUGCCUGAAGACUUUCUUUGUCUAUCAGAUAACAGCAAAGGUGGAGGCGUGAUACAAGGAUCGGCCAGCGAAUGCGUCUUAGUAUCGUUGUUAGCUGCUCGUCACUCGACAAUUCGAACUUUGAAACAGCAACACCCUUUUGUUGAAGAAGGCGUUCUUCUUUCUAAACUGAUGGCAUACUGCUCGAAGGAAGCACAUUCCUGCGUGGAGAAGGCAGCCAUGAUUGGUUUUGUCAAAUUGCGAAUCUUAGACACGGAUGAUAAAUUCCAAUUGAGAGGUGCUACCCUUGCUAAAGCCAUGGAGGAGGAUCGGGCGAUGGGAUUAAUUCCCUUUUUCGUAGCAGCCACUUUAGGAACUACUUCCUGUUGUUCUUUCGAUCCCCUUUACGAAUUGGGUCCCGUGUGCCAGAAAGAAGGAGUUUGGCUUCACGUGGAUGCUGCUUACGCAGGAAGUUCCUUCAUAUGUCCCGAAUUCCAGCAUCUGAUGACCGGCAUCGAGUAUGCCAUGUCCUUCAAUAUGAAUCCCAAUAAAUGGAUGUUGGUCAAUUUCGAUUGUUCCACUAUGUGGGUAAAGGAUCGUUUCAAGUUAACUCAGGCUCUGGUUGUCGAUCCUCUGUACUUGCAACACAGUUACUCAGAAAAGGCUAUAGAUUAUAGGCACUGGGGGAUACCAUUGAGUAGAAGAUUUCGCUCGUUGAAACUGUGGUUUGUAAUUCGUAAGUAUGGACUAGAAGGGUUGCAGAAGUAUAUAAGAGAGCACGUAAGACUGGCGAAGAAAUUUGAAAAUCUGGUGAAGAAGGAUGACAGGUUUGAAGUCGUCAAUCAAGUGCAACUGGGUUUAGUUUGCUUUCGCUUAAAGGGAUCCAAUAAUUUGAAUCAAAAGCUCCUCUCCUCCAUUAACGCAUCGGGUAAAUUGCAUAUGGUUCCGGCAUCAUUAAACGAAAGAUACUUCAUCCGAUUUUGCGUGUGCGCUCAGCAUCCAACGGAUGACGACAUCACUUACGCAUGGAAAGUCAUCACGCAAUUCACUUCCGAUCUGCUCGAAAUCAUGAAAAUGGACAGCAAUAAAGAGAAGAAUAGAGAAGAGGAAGAGGAGGAGGAAGAAGAAGAGGAAGAAGAAGAAGAAGAUAAAGAGAACAAAGACGAAGAAUCUGUAGACGAAGUUUUCCUUCUAGAACGCAAGAAACGUCACAGCUUAAAAUACAAGAGAAGUUUCUUCGUCAGGAUGGUGUCAGAUCCAAAAUUAUACAACCCUAAGAUAGUCAGAGCUCUUUCUUCUACUGGAAGUAGGAGACAUACCAGUGAUCCCAUAGACAGUGAUACAGGUGUUAUAACACCAGUCUGAAUUAUGGAAAUAAUUUAAAAAUAUAAGUAGAAAAACUUCAUUUAUCUUACGUUUUGUGUCCAAAUAAUCAAAAAUUAUCUAAAGCAAUUAUUUGUGGGAAAAACAAAGGGUUUUACAAUUACUUUAGUGAUGUAAAGUUGUUCUCAAAUAUUGUUAAAUUCUCUAGUUCUCCCUUUGAUUAGUAGUUUAUAUUUUUCUGAUGUUUAAGGAUCUAUAUAAAUAUAUAUACAUAUAUAAAUUUAGAUUUCUGUAAAUGUGAAGAUAUCAAUUGAACAAAUGUGUAAAUACUGUAUGUAGUGUAUAUGUUAAUCAAACAAAUAAUAGUAUCAAAAUGUAUUUGUUAUUUAAUUAAAUUAAAAAUUAUA